AUGCGGGGAGAAACCAACGGUGCUGAAUCUCAAGCAUCUGGACUGCCUGAGUACGUAAAGAUUGUAGAAGUUGGGCCGAGAGAUGGAUUACAAAAUGAAAAGGUGAUAGUCCCAACUGAUAUCAAAAUAGAGUUAAUCAACCGGCUUUCCAGAACAGGCCUGCCUGCAAUAGAAGUGACCAGUUUCGUUUCAUCCAAGUGGGUGCCUCAGAUGGCAGAUCACAAUGAAGUAAUGAGGGGCAUUGAGCGGCAUCCUGGAGUCCAAUAUCCUGUUCUCACGCCGAAUCUACAAGGUUUUCAUUCUGCUAUUGCAGCAGGGGCUACAGAAGUCUCAGUAUUUGGUGCAGCAUCUGAAUCUUUCAGCAGAAUGAAUAUUAAUUGUUCAAUUGAAGAAAGCAUAGAAAAAUUUGAAGAAGUUGCUAAAUCUGCAAGGAAUAUGAAUAUUCCAGUGCGUGGGUAUGUGUCAUGUGCAUUGGGAUGCCCGUAUGAAGGAAACAUCGUACCAGCUAAAGUGGCAGAAGUAUCUAAGCGGCUCUACAGUAUGGGCUGUUAUGAAAUCUCUCUGGGGGACACAAUUGGUGUGGGGACUCCUGGAAGUAUGAAAAGAAUGCUGGAAGCUGUUAUGAAAGAAAUUCCUCUGAGUGCUCUUGCUGUUCACUGUCAUGAUACAUAUGGCCAGGCAUUAGCCAAUAUCCUCACAGCCGUACAGAUGGGAGUUGCUGUAGUGGAUUCAUCUGUUGCGGGACUGGGUGGUUGUCCCUAUGCAAAAGGUGCUACUGGAAAUGUAGCCACAGAGGAUGUGGUAUACAUGCUUAAUGGUCUGGGGAUCAAUACAGGAGUAAAUCUUUACACAGUGAUGGAAGCUGGAAACUUCAUCUGUCUUUGCCAAGGACAUUUAUGA